CCCCGAUUAAUUAAAUUAGGGAGAGCGAAGCCGGAAAUUGUUGCUAAAAUUAAAUAUCGGCUUGAAUUUGAAGAAUAUCCAGAGACUUCUGAGGAUGGUGUCGCUUGUAUUUAUAAUGUAGCUGGUAUGGAUACUGAAAAAGCUCUUGAGAUUUUUGAUCUUAAGAAUAUUCAGUAUUCUUAUAAAGAUGGAACCACCCGUAAAAGUGUUUACUGCCCUUUUUUAAAUGCAAAAGUUUAUAAAGAAACAAGAAAAUGUCGUGGUAUUAAAAUAUGCCAAUUUGCAGCACCUGAAUUAGUAGCGAUGACACAUACAUCAGUGGACUUUGACAACAAUCUUUUCAAAAAAAUAUUUGAGGCGAAUGAAUUGUCUUCAGAUACAAAUACGUUAAAUGCAUUUGCUGCAGCACAUAAAGUACCAUGCGGAUUUAUUUAUCCUCAAACCGGUAUUCGAUGUAAUGGCAAGCCUAAACUUAGAUCUCAUUAUCAGCAAGAAGGUGAUACUUCUACACCUACUUAUUUUAUCGGUUGUGAAAAUUUUAAAAAUGGUGAAUGUGGCCGUCGGUAUCAAAGUUUAUCUGGGCGAAUUAAUGUUGAAUACUUAAAAAAACUCUUUCACGAACAUACAUAUUAUAGUGAUGGAAUUAUUGGAGAAAUUUCAGAUUCUAUUCGACAUUGCUACACAGUUCACCCUUACAGUGCACAAGCAAAAAAAUGCCCUUAUAUUCAUACUACUGAAAGUAAUGAAGUAGCUCAAGGAUUAAUUCAAGAAAAAUCAGGAUGUCCUGUCAAAUUCUGGCAUUAUGUGCCUGAAGAUCUUGAAAAUUGUCCGUAUAUUGUAAUUAUGUCACGAUAUGUUCACAAUCAUCCACUGCCCCUACCGUCAAAAAUACCUGUGGCCAUUCAAAAUGAUUUAAAAAGUAUAAUCGCAGCAGAGGAUAUCUUAGAUUUAACGGCAAGAAAAUUAAUUACCCGUACAUCGAUGCAACGAUUUCUUAAAGGAGUUCCACUUCCGGAAUUACACCCAUCAUUGAAUAAUCGAUCUAAAAUUGAGCAUAUGAUUGCAACAAGGCGUCGUGCUGAACAUCCGUAUGGUCAAGAUAUUAUGGAUUCCUUGUAUUUUGAAAUAGAUAUGAGCUUUAAACGUAUACAUGGACCAAUUAACGAAUGGGAGGUAUGUGCUUAUGUAGAAAAAUAUCAAAAAACUUUGGUAUUUGCACGUGCUUUUACUAUCCUUCAAACAGCAGAUACGUACCAAAAACUAUUUGAAGAACUUUUUGCUUGCGUCAAACAAGAUUGUAAACGCUCUAUAGAAUUUCAACAUAUUCACGGUCGUGGAAUUGGAUGUAUCUUAGCUGAUGAGCAUUAUGGUCAAGCAUUGGGUCAAUAUUUAGCUAAAAAAUUUUCAAUAUUUAAUGUGGUUGAACAUUUAGAACGAAUUUAUAAAUUAUGUACUAUACAUUUUAAAAGUAAAACGGCUUAUGAAAUUAUGAAUACUCUUGAAUUUCUUGAAAAAUGUGAAGAACCCGGUAUCAUUGAUUGGGUACAAAACAAAAAACAAUCAUGGAUACUCGCUGGUUUGUCUCCUGCUUUUACUAAAAUGGCACAAACGAUUUGGACUAGUACGACAUUCACAACUAAUGCUGGAGAAUCGGCUCAUGCGAAUAUUAACAGAAAUGGGCGUAAUUUAUCUUUAUUGGCUGCAAUUACCAA